GAGCCGGGGGCUGCCGUUGCCUUUGGAGAUGGACGAGCAGCCCAGGCUGAUGCAUUCCCAUGCUGGGGUCGGGAUGGCCGGACACCCCGGCCUGUCCCAGCACUUGCAGGAUGGGGCCGGAGGGACCGAGGGGGAGGGCGGGAGGAAGCAGGACAUUGGAGACAUUUUACAGCAAAUUAUGACCAUCACAGACCAGAGUUUGGAUGAGGCGCAGGCCAGAAAACAUGCUUUAAACUGCCACAGAAUGAAGCCUGCCUUGUUUAAUGUCUUGUGUGAAAUCAAAGAGAAAACAGUUUUGAGUAUCCGGGGAGCCCAGGAGGAGGAGCCGACAGACCCGCAGCUGAUGCGGCUGGACAACAUGCUGCUGGCCGAGGGGGUGGCGGGGCCCGAGAAGGGCGGGGGCUCGGCGGCGGCGGCGGCGGCGGCGGCGGCUUCUGGAGGCGCCGGUUCCGACAACUCAGUGGAGCAUUCCGAUUACAGAGCCAAACUCUCACAGAUCAGACAAAUCUACCACACGGAGCUGGAGAAAUACGAGCAGGCAUGUAAUGAGUUCACCACCCAUGUGAUGAACCUCCUGCGAGAGCAAAGCCGGACCAGGCCUAUUUCCCCAAAGGAGAUCGAACGGAUGGUCAGUAUCAUCCACCGCAAGUUCAGCUCCAUCCAGAUGCAGCUCAAGCAGAGCACGUGUGAGGCCGUCAUGAUCCUGCGUUCCCGGUUCCUGGAUGCGCGGCGGAAGAGACGAAAUUUCAACAAGCAAGCGACGGAAAUCCUGAAUGAAUAUUUCUAUUCCCAUCUCAGCAACCCUUACCCCAGUGAGGAAGCCAAAGAGGAGCUAGCCAAGAAGUGCGGCAUCACAGUGUCCCAGGUAUCAAACUGGUUUGGAAAUAAACGAAUCCGGUACAAGAAGAACAUAGGUAAAUUUCAAGAGGAAGCCAAUAUUUAUGCUGCCAAAACAGCUGUCACUGCUACCAAUGUGUCAGCCCAUGGAAGCCAAGCUAACUCACCCUCAACUCCCAACUCAGCUGGUUCUUCCAGUUCUUUUAACAUGUCAAACUCUGGAGAUUUGUUCAUGAGCGUGCAGUCACUCAAUGGGGAUUCUUACCAAGGGGCCCAGGUUGGAGCCAACGUGCAAUCACAGGUGGAUACCCUUCGCCAUGUUAUCAGCCAGACAGGAGGAUACAGUGACGGACUCGCAGCCAGUCAGAUGUACAGUCCGCAGGGCAUCAGUGCUAAUGGAGGUUGGCAGGAUGCUACUACCCCUUCAUCAGUGACCUCCCCUACAGAAGGCCCUGGCAGUGUUCACUCUGAUACCUCCAACUGAUCUCCCAGCAGUCGCAUCCCGGCUGACCCUGUGCUCCAGUCGAGGCAGGGCCAGGAGGGAGGGUUUCUCAACGCUGAAGCGGUCAGACUGGAGGUCGAAGCAAUCAGCAAACACAAUAAGAGUCUCCUUCUCUUCUCUUCUUUGGGAUGCUAUUUCAGCCAAUCUGGACACUUCUUUAUACUCUCUUCCCCCCCCCUUUUUUUUUCUGGGUAGAAGCCACCCUUCCCUGCCUCCAGCUGUCAGCCUGGUGUCCGUCAUCUUCCCUGCCCCUUUCCCUCUGUCCUAGACUCCCUGGGUCCCUGCCCUCUCUUACAUCCUUGAAGGAUAUUUUCAACAAUGAUAGGAAUUUAAAGAGGAAAACGCAAAGAACAUAAUAAAAGCAUUUGUAUAUUUUCCUGCUGGUGGUUUGAGGAGCCAGAUUCCCUCCCUUGGUCCCUCGCUCCCUCUGCUAUCAGGCAGUCCUUCUCUGUUUCUCUCGUUUACUCUCACUACCUCUCGGCAGGAAUACGCCACGUUGCCCUGCUCGUCCCAGGCCACCCUGCCUCCUCUUGCUCUGCCUUCCCUGAGGACAGUACUGCUUAGGACACAAUUCCUCCUCUUCCUUGUCGCCCCAGGUAUUCACUGGGGGCU